AUGGUGAAGGACUUUCGGAAUUUCAAGUCGCCACACCAUCCACAACACGGUGGCCAAACAGUGGACAGUGGCAUAGGAUCUGGUUGCCAUAAGCAAAAGCGAAAAGCUUUGAUUGGCUAUGAAUGGCCGAGCACGCAGCUCGGCUCCCUGACGGAAGAUGGUCUUGGUUGUUCAUCGGCUUGUAACCUCAAAGUCAAGUUAUGCCGCUUCCUCACACACAACGACAUUAGGAAGAUUGUAUCAACAGGAGAAGGGCCAGUCUCGGAGGGAGAAGGAUCGAAACCGCCAGCAUUGGAGGGCGUAUUGCUGCCAGCGCCAUUCAUCGGUGAUUACUGGCCGGUCCAAGUAUUCCAAGUGAGUUCAUUCGAUUCAUUCGUCCACGACGCGGGAGGGUAG